GUUGAAUUCCUGGAUUAUAAGUGAAGGGUCGGAGAGAAGACGCUUCUGGUUAGCAGGAUCCAGCCUCCAGCCUGAGGGAAGAAGGUGAAGGGGGAGGGCAGGGGAGCUGAGAGCAGCUGGGGAUUGAGCAGAGAGAAACACCUCAAGCUGCAGGGAGUGAAGAGAGAGAGACACAGACAGAGACAGAGAGAGAGCAGCCCGGCACAGGCCGGCUCUGUGUCCCAGGCUCGGAGCUCAGGAACCCCCACCACCCCCCGGGCAGCGAGCAGAGAGAGCGGCCGGGACAAAGCAACACCAUGAUCGGUACCAGAUCCAGGGGCUCGCAGCUGCCGGAGUCGGAUCCCAACAAACUCGCUCUGAAAGCCUUCAGGAAAGUCGGGUUGCAGGAUGACGAAGAUGUGAAAUUCAUGUUAAAAGGCAGCAAGUUAAAAAAAGUCAAGUCCGGUACGUGGAAGAAGAAUCGAAAAUUGAAACUGCAGGAGGAUGGCCUGUCCAUUUGGUGUGAGUCCAGGAAUAAAGCACCCACCUUCUCGGUGAUGGAUAUCCGGGACAUCCAAGAGGGCCAUCGCUCAGAGGUGAUGAAGAAACAUGGCAGCAGCUUCUCGGAGAAACGGUGCUUUACCAUCAUGUUCACCAGCAGCCGUACAAACCUGGACCUGGUGGCUGAGUCGGAGGAAGAAGGAAGGCGAUGGGUUCAAGGCCUGAAAAAACUCAUCAGUCGAGUGGAAACCAUGAGCCAGCGAGAGAAAAUUGAACACUUGAUCCAUCAGCAUCUGGAAAAGGCUGACAAAAACAAUGAUAACAAGAUCAGCUUCAAGGAAGUGAAAAAUCUACUUAAGAUGAUCAAUCUCAAAGUCGAUGAUGAUUAUGUCAACUUCCUCUUCCAGCAAUGUGAUAAAUCCAGAACAAAUACUUUGGAAGAGCAUGAGAUCGAGGAGUUCUGCAAUCUCCUGAUGCAAAGACCGGAGUUAGAGGAGAUCUUUCAACAUUUCUCAGGACACGGACAGUGGCUGACUGUUGGGGAGCUGGAAAAUUUCUUGAAGGAACAGAAGGAGGUGUCACCAGCAGAAACCUGUUUAAGCAUCAUGCAGAACUACGGAUUUCAUGAUAAUGCCAAACAGAACCAGCUCUUGACCCAGGAUGGCUUCAUGAUGUACCUGCUUUCUCCUGAUGGGGACGUGUUUAACUCGGACCAUGACAAAGUUUACCAGGACAUGACCCAACCACUCAGUCACUACUUCAUUUCAACAUCCCAUAACACCUAUCUGAUGGAGGACCAGCUGGGAGGACCAAGCAGUACUGAGGCAUACAUUAGAGCGCUCCUGAGAGGCUGCCGCUGUGUGGAGCUGGAUUGCUGGGAAGGACCAAAUGGGGAACCGAUCAUCUACCACGGAUACACACUCACCUCAAAGAUCCUCUUCAAAGACGUCAUCCGAACCAUCCGGGAUUAUGCCUUCACGGUCUCUCCAUAUCCCGUCAUACUGUCCCUGGAGAAUCACUGCGGAGUGGAACAGCAGACCGUCAUGGCCCGGCAUUUAAAGGAAAUUCUCGGGGAAAUGCUGAUCACUGCCCCACUCGAUGGCAAAGUCCUGAGUGAACUUCCGUCACCCGAGAGACUGAAGAGGAAGAUUCUAAUAAAGGGGAAGAAACUGCAGAACGCUGGGUCCACGCCGGAACAGUUAGAAGAAAUCGCAGAUGAAUAUGAUGAAGAGAAUGUGAAAAAUGAUAAGAAAAGCAAAAAGAAACUGACCAGUGAGCUUUCGGACUUGGUGAUUUACUGCCAAAGCACUCACUUCCAGAGCUUAGAGCAGACUUGGAGCAAGCAAGCAGCCCAUGAAACAUCCUCAUUCUCUGAAACCAAGGCCAAGAAACUGAUUGCUGAGAAUGGGCCCAGUUUUGUCCUUCACAACACAUUACAGCUGUCCAAGGUUUAUCCAUUGGGUUCGAGGAUACAUUCUUCCAACUUCAAUCCUCAGGAGAUGUGGAAUGGAGGCAGUCAGCUUGUGGCACUGAAUUUCCAGAAGCCUGGAAUGGAGAUGGACCUAAACAAAGGGAAGUUCCGGCAGAAUGGUCGGUCUGGAUACAUCCUGAAGCCCAGUUUCAUGAGGGACACAUCCGUUCGCUUUGAUCCUUCAUGGCCGCUUUCGGGGGCAGGUCUCGACAGGAAACAAUUGAUCAUCAACAUUAUUACAGCUCAGCAACUCCCCAAAGUCAAUAAGGAUAAAAAGAAUUCCAUCGUGGAUCCCCUGGUGCGUGUGGAGGUACACGGAGUUCCUGAAGACAACAACACGCAAAAGACCCGCUAUAUUGAAAAUAACGGAUUUAAUCCAGUCUGGAAUGAAGUGCUCCAAUUUACCAUCAUUGUUCCUGAGCUCGCUCUCAUCCGAUUUGUUGUUGAAGAUUAUGACACAGCCUCCAGCAAUGACUUCAUUGGACAGUUUACACUUCCAUUCACCAGUAUGAAAGAAGGUUAUCGCCACAUCCACCUGUUGUCCAAAGACUCUGCCUCUCUGUCACCAGCCACUCUCUUUGUCCGGAUCAGGAUUAAGAGUUUAUAGUGUGGAGCGAGCAACCCUCUCUCAGUCCGCCUGUGUGGCAUGAACUCUUACUGUGACCCACUCUGCCCCUCCUUGCCCAGUGCCAACCACAGCGAGUCCAGGGGAGAAUACACAUGAAGAUUGGAGACUGGAAUUAAAGUGAAAUUGUUGCCUUUGUGUUAAUGGGCCCUGUGUACAGAAAUACUCUAGUGGUUUUUUAAAAGGUUAACAUGACAGAGUUAAUGUCUUAAAGUAGGUGUAUAUUAGUAGAUUAGAAUAACGAGUGGUUGAUUAGAA